AUGCCUCCGAAGGGUCGCUCGACUAAGGCGGCCGUGGAUGUUACUCUCCCUGACGACAUCAUGCCGGAUCAGAACUUCACGCCAACACCUGUGGACGAAGAGGCUGUUGGGAAGGAUUCGGCACACACGGUGAACUCGUCCAAGGAUAAGGCUGUCGCGGUUGAGCCGGCAUCAGUGUCUGCUGCUGGUGCUGCGGGAAGCUCGGGACUGACAGUGGAGGAAAAGAGUCAGUUGCAUCAGUCCGUGGUUGCCGACGAGGAAGAGUUUCUGGAAGACGACUCGGAAGAAGAGUUAGACAUUGAUAUCGCAAAGGAAGAUGCUUUCCGCCUCCGCUUUACCGUUAUCUUACUCAUUCCGAUGGUGCUGUCACAGGAGAUCAAAGCUAUCAUCUCAGCCGUCCGUCUUCUGAUGUCUAAGGUGUGGUGCUCCUCCCUUACCGCGAAUGCUGGAAUCACGGCCAACAUUCAGGAGAUGACUCCUGGUUACGUGGCGAAGACGCGCUUCUGCCGGCUGCAAAUUUCCUUCCUGGACGAGAGGGAUGCUCACCAUAUCAAGUCACAUGUCUUCGAGUACCAGAAGGCGCACGGUCCGGCAAUCUGGCAGCACACGGAAGAUUCCUCGUACCUUAAGGAGAAAGCUGCUCACCCUCUUGCUAUUGAAGUGCUUUUUCGUCGCGUACCUGCUAACAUUGUCCCUGAGGUGCUGAAGGAUCUGCUCGUCCGCUUCAAGCUAAAGAUGCGGAAGCAGUCUGCCUUCAAAGAGGGUUUUGCUUUCCACCGCGUGGCUCAUCCUCUUACCGUCGCUGCUCACACGAUGCCUGAAGAACAUAUCUCUGAUCAUGGGUUCGCCAUAAAAAUCGCUUUCAAGACCAGAGCCACCACUCACCUGGGUCCCGGGAUCUGGAGGCUGCACGCAGCAGCAAUCGGAAGGCCAGGAGUGCGGAAGGCGGUGGAAGCCGCUCUUACCAAGGCGGCGGAGAACGGAGUAGAGGACUUUCAGCUGCUGUUGGGUAGGCUGAACGCGGGUCUGCGCUCAUACAUGAAAGAGGAGGGGAAGAGGAUUAAGAGAACUAUUGCUCAUCUGGUAGAUGUAGUUGCGGAGCUGAGGCAGGAGCAGAUGCGGAGUCCAGGCUGUCAGCGGACGAGAGAUCUUCUGCUGGUCAGAGAAACGCAACUGCACGAAUAUCAUGCGGCCAAGCGGGACAGGUUGCACCUGAUGGCAGACACGAACACGGAGCUUGCAGGGGAGGUUCCGUCUCCCUUCCUGUCGGCACGGGUGAAGGUCAGAAAGCAGCGCACGCAAAUCGCGGAGUUAACGGUGGGUGGGACGACAGUUUCAGACGCUCAGGGAAUUCUGAAAGCAGCCACUCAGUACUACACCGACCUGUUUGGAGCAGACGGCAGGACUUCGUCGGAGCGGUGGAAGCCACUUCCGGGGAAAAGGCUGAAUGCGGAGGCGGCGGAGAUGUUGGAAGCAGAUUGGACGGAGCAGGAAGUGAAACAGGCCUUCAAGGCGCUGGCUAACAAUAAGUCGCCGGGGAAGGACGGCCUUCCGAAAGAACUUUUCGAACGGAACUGGGACAUCUUGGGUGGGGAAUUCCUUAGAAUGGCGCAGAACUUCUCUGACACGGCUUCAAUUCCUGCCAGCAUUAAGGAAGCAGUCACCAUUUUGCUUCAUAAAAAGGGAGACAAGGACAAGCUGGACAAUUACAGACCAAUCACUCUACUUAACUUCACUUACAAAGUUCUGGCGCGUGUGGUGGCGAACAGGAUGAGGCCCUUGCUUCACCGAGUAAUCUCCGAGGAACAGUAUGGGUUCAUACCCGGGAGGAGAAUCUCGGACGCGAUCGGUGUGGUAGCCGACGUGAUUGAGGCGGCAAAGAAGGGUGACGAGGACUGGUACUUGCUGUUGGUUGACUUCCGCAAAGCGUUUGACUCCGUCUCAAGAAGCUUCAUCUUCACGGUCCUCAGGGAGAUGGGUUUCCCGGAGAGGUUCGUCGGCUGGGUGGAGGGCCUGCACAGGGAGACAAAGACAAGACUUUUAGUUAACGGCUGGCUGGGCGAAGCGGUAGAUGUGAAGUCAGGAGUCAGGCAAGGGUGUCCACUCGCCCCUUACCUCUUCCUGUGCGCGGUGGAACCCCUUGCGCAAGAAGCUUGCCGUCGCAAACUCGGACUCUGCAACAAGGCAGGGCAGCGGCUGGUAUACCUGGGUUAUGCGGAUGACACGACACUCUUCCUGGAGGGGAAGCGACAGAUUGCCAGGGCUGAAAAACUCUUGGACUACUUCGCGCAACUGUCGGGUUUGGCGACAAACAGAGACAAGUCAGUGGUCAUGCCGCUCGGUCACAACCUUGGGCGGAGACCUGGGACGCUGGGAGGUUUUAAGUGGGCAAAGGCGGACGAAGCGGAGCGGUUACUCGGGGUGUGGGUCACUCCCUCUGGAAGCAGUGCGCCAACCUGGCAGAGAGCCUUCGAAAAAAUCACAGUUGAGCUGAUAAAAUGGAAGGCGCUCUUCCUCACGAUCGCGGCCAGAGUGGUGAUCAUAAAUUGCUACAUCACGCCGAGAAUCGCUUACCAGGCGCAGGUGUAUCCCCCACCUGAGAACGUCUGGAAGCAGCUCUUGAAGCUGAUGCACAACUUUCUGUCAGGGAAUAACGCAUCGGCGGAUGGGAGCUAUUUCCUUUGGAGCUGGGAUCUUCUUUCCACCCCCAGAGUGGACGGCGGCCUUGGGGUGCUGGAUCCGGAUAUCCUACUCGCUUGUUUGGCUGCCAGGAGGAUCGGCGGUCUACUGCUGGAGGGGAACGGGAAAAAAAAGGAAGUUAUGCUCACUGCGGCCGGACUCCCGAUGGGGAACGACACUUUCGUGGCGCACGAGAAAUUGCUGAAGCACUGGCCGGGUGACGAGGAACGGUGGAAGCAGACGUGUGAGGUUUUUCUGAUGUCGCCAUUAGCCGUGAUCGGGGGUGCUCUCAACAAAGAGGAGGUGGCGCAUGAACGGCUUGUUUUUAACAGGAAUAUUUUACUGAACGGCACAAACCCGAUCGGAGGUCAGCAAGCGGCAAAAGGUCUUUGGGAAACGCGUUUGGGUGACCUGGUAACCACUGACUCCUCAGGCGUAGCAGCGGUUAAGGACAUGGAAAUCCUGGAGAGGGAGCUGAGAGGGAAAGAGUCAGCACGCUUGGCUCUCAAGGCGUUGGCAGCUGCUCCACCAGAUUGGAAGAACCUCUUGGUACCUGGCUCGGCACAGGGGGCUGGGGGAGUUUCUGGAGCUGUUUCACCCAGAGGGGAGGGAAGCGCAGUUACCUCGAUCUUCAGGUCAGCCAUAUUUGUGGACGGGCAGCUCGCCCCUCUGAAGCGGUUGAGGGAGGCAUGGGCCAAGCCUACCGCAAUCCUGACGAAACAAGAGAAGUGGGCUGGUCGCUGGAGUGGAAAGAUUGACUGGCAGCGGGUUAUUCGUACACGUAACUCGCUCGCUAUCCCGAGCCGGCCACGUGACGUCCUCACGCGGGUGCAUAACCUGAACCUACAGGUUGGGGAGAGGGUGGAUUUUUUGAGCUGCAAGCCAAAGUGCCCAUACUGCGGGGAGGAGGAGACGCAUGAACACUGCCUGUUCACCUGCCCUAGAAUUCAACCAGUGGUCUCAGGGCUACGUCGUGCCCUCCGCAUGCUCAACCCUUCACGGUCUCCGAGCUCGUUGGGAGACCUGCUGUUCAUGGAAUCUGGAACAGUGACUGACUUUCCAGAAGGAACGCUCACGGCUAUCGCCCUCCACCAGCUGUGGGUGGAACGAUGUGAUGCCACGUUUCGAGGGCAGAAGUUCAGAGCGAGGAGGGUGCUCAGGAGGAUCGGGUGGGGAUACCGCGGAAUCCGCGCUGGUGUCGGACGGGGACGGGUGAAGGAUAAGCCGCGCGCAGCUGGUCCUGGUGACGGCGAGGAGGAGCAGGAGGGAGAGAGUGAGGGGAAGCAGCUUGCGAGCCGAGUGAAGCCAGGCGUCGGCCAUUGA